GCUAACUGCUCAAAGUUGGAUGUUUUCCUGCUCUGAAACUGGAUUUAUGUGGAAAUUACUCCGAAACAACUGUAGACAUUUCGCGUAUAAAUAAUGUCUCGUUAGCCGCAGAAAAGGAAGAGGAUAGUUCCUCUGAUAUUCUCCACAAUCAGCCAGAGACGCUUUUCUCUGGAGCUCGCGCGGAGCGAUUGGCAUUGCCAGAUAUUAAAACUUUAUACUUUAAUGUACAUUUUCAUUUUCCCGCUUGGUAAUUUUGGAAAUUAUAUAUAAAAACUUUAGACCAGUAACGAACGGGAAUUAUUAUUAUUUUCUGUGAUAAAAGCUACAGGUGAUGCAUUUUCAGUGCCCAGCGGCAAAUUAACAGAAUCAACACGUUUAUUGAGCCAUUUUGUACAAGAUCACCUUAUUGUGUGCUGGUAAUUUUUUUCAGUUGGAUGCUACAUUUAUUUUACGGUGAUGAGGUGGCACUGAUAAAUGUUUUGUCGCAUGCAGCAGUUCUGACAUCACAGACAAAUGGGCCAAAUCCAGAGUCCUGGGAACUUAAUGGGUUGAAUGGAGGAGAAAUGUGCUACCUAAGGCUCUGGCAGUGAUUGUGGUCUUUACCCCUGGACAUGUGUAAGGCAUGUUUAAACUUGCACUUGUAAACUGGCUCAGUGAGCAGUAAGCAGCCUCCUGCAAGGUGGACGAGUAACACCUCCAAUCAGCCUGCUUUUGGACCACAGAGCAGUGCAGUGACUAUGCAGUUUGGACUGUUUGCAGUGGUGGUGUUCUUAAUAUUCUUGGAGUACGCAGGCAGUCUCAGCAUGUUGAAGGGAAGUAGACAGAGACGAAUAAGCACUGACAUGACUGUUGUUUGUUCAAAUGGAUGUGAGUCAUGUUCUGAGAUCAAUGGUUGUCUAAAAUGUUUGCCCAAGCUCUUCAUUCUUUUGGAAAGAAACGACAUAAGACAGAAGGGAAUUUGCCUAGCUUCCUGCCCUGUAGGAUAUUUUGACUUACGACAACCAGAUAUGAACAAAUGCAUCAAAUGUAAAAUAGACAAUUGUGAGGCUUGUUUUAGUAAAACUUUUUGUACAAAAUGUAAGGAAGGCCUAUAUUUAUAUAAAGGAAAAUGCUACUCAAGUUGUCCAGAAGGUUCUACUGCCUUAAAUGGAACCGCAGAAUGUAACAGUGUUGUACAAUGUGAACUUGGUGAAUGGGGUUCAUGGGGACCCUGUACAAAGAGGGGGAAGCAAUGUGGAUUCAAGUUGGGAACUCAGAACAGAACAAGAGAAGUCUUGCAGCCUGCCCUGUCGGACCCUGCACUAUGCCCCUCAGAAACAGAAAACCGGAAAUGCACAGUCCAGAAAAAGCCAUGUACCAAAAGAGGUAAGAUAGUACUGUAUGAAGGAUCAAAGUCAUGGCAUCCUUUGAGGAUCAACUGGAGUGAUAUGCAAACUGUACUUCUUUUAGCAAAGAAGAGUAUUAAUGAUAUGUGA